AUCAGUGGAAGAGAAAAAGUUAGAAAAAUUUGCACGUUCGCCCGAAUCCAUGCGCCGGUGUUAUGAGUGAUUUAAAUUAAUUUUGUUAAAUCUUUAAUUAAUUUAAAAUGGCACAACGAAGUGUAAUAAGUUUUGUGAAGAAAUGUAGCACAAAAUCGUGUAAGAAUCUAUUUCAAUCACAACAGCAAUCAUUGAAUAAUCAUCAUGAAGUGAAACCCACGAGUUCUUCUAUUUUGUGUUCUAGUGCGGCUGUUACUACUGCAUUUGGUAACCAAUUUGUACAGCAGCGCCGAAUGUUCAGAAUACAAAGUGCUAGUAAUUCGGCAAAUAAGGAAACUAAUAAAGCACCCGAAAUUCUAUCCAAACUGUUUCCCCAGACGGCUGCCACUGACGAUGAAGAAACCAUUCGUGAGCGCAAGCGAAAGGAGGAGGAAGAAGAAGCUAAAGAAAAUGAAAAGGCUUGGAAACAAAUGAAAUUUGGAUUUGCAGCUUUCGGUGCGUCGGCCAUUGCAAUGGGUGUUUGGGGUGUGUAUGAGUUCGGAAAGCCCGAAAUCGACAUGGAAGGAAAUGUCAUCGAAGAUGAAUUUAGCAAAGAGCCAGCUGUUCAACAGUAUCUCAAGCGAAUGUGGAAAUCAAUGAACUACUACCAAAAGAUGAUUCAGGAGCCAUCACGAGAUAAGCUCCUUCCUGAUCCUUUGAAAUAUCCCUACAUUCAACCGCCCUACACCCUAGUUCUAGAAAUGAAAGAUGUUCUUGUCCACCCAGACUGGACUUAUCAGACUGGUUGGCGUUUCAAGAAACGUCCAGGUGUCGAUCAUUUUCUAGAACAAUGUGCUAAGCACUUUGAAAUUGUCGUCUUCACUGCUGAACAGGGAAUGACUGUAUUCCCUAUUUUGGAUGCAUUAGAUCCAAAUGGUUACAUUAUGUAUCGUCUGGUGCGUGAUGCAACGCAUUUCGUUGACGGCCAUCAUGUCAAAAAUCUUGAAAACUUGAAUAGAGACUUAAAAAAAGUAAUCGUUGUAGACUGGGAUGCUAAUUCCACAAAACUUCAUCCAGAAAAUACAUUUAAUAUUGGCAGAUGGCUGGGCAAUGAUGAUGAUGCUUCUUUGUUUGAUCUCAUCAAUUUCUUAAAAACUUUAGCAACAGCUGAAGUUGAUGAUGUCCGUGAGGUCCUUAACUACUACAAACAAUUUGACGAUCCUCUUCAAAAGUUUAGAGAAAACCAACGCAUUCUUCUUGAACAAAUGGAGCAACAGGAACGCGAAGAAAAAAACAAGACAAAGCCGAUUGUUUCAAAGUGGACCCCAAGUUUUAUGAGACGAUCAUAAGUUGAAUCGUGCGAUCAAGCAAACACGAAGCCAUUUUUUUUAAUCAUUUAACAUUUUAUUUUGCUUUUUUUUUUUCAAUUAUUUGUUUAAUAUUUGACACACAAAAUACUUCCCAACCAUUUUCACUUUUAAAGCUGAACAUAUGUAAUUGUUUUUUAAACUAUUAGAAUUAUACAGUUUGGCGAGGGUUAAAAAUAAUGUAAUUGGUAUCAAUUGUUUAAAACAGAUAAUUUAUUAAAAAAAAAAUAAAAACAAAAUCCAAGCAAAAUAUAAUGGCCAAAAAUUCCCCUACGCACGCCUUUAUUUUGCAAAAAUAUAAAUUAUAUUAAUUAUUUUAGGAAUUUAUUAAUAAAAAGGUCGAAAUAAUAAAAAUUGUUGUUUUUUUUUUUUGAAUAAAAAUUCACUGAGAUAUCCAGACAGGUUAAAUAACAGGCAAAUUCGAAUAGGUAUGGGGACCGAUUUAUUCCGAGGAAUUAUGACUUUUGGUUGGAUUUAGCACUUGACUUACGUGGCUUGAUUAUGAAAUACAAAGGACGACCUGAAAAUCCAUUUAAGAAAUCAAGUAAAAGUAGU